UGCGUCCAGCGUGCGCGCGACAGAUGGGGCCGUGUGUGUGUUUGAGUGUAGGGUUAAUGCCGACUGGAGGGGGCGUGGUUUAAGGUCAAUAAUAUCCGCCUCGUUGUAGUGAACUGUAAAAGAGAGAGAGAGAGAGAGGGAGAGAGGGAGAGAGAAACCAGACAGCCACUGUCUGCGCUGUCCACGCUGGACAGCUCCACAGAAGGACGCUGGAUGUGCGCACCGCAGGAGGAAAUCACUUUUGGAGACGGCGGAGCCUGAAGGUGCUGCGACCUGAAGAGUGAGAGAGUGUGUGUGUGAGAGAGAGUGUGGACGUCCUCCUUCCUGCCGCCGCGCCCGUGGAAAGAUCUCCCCACGAAGCGACGGUGCAGCGCAGCACAGUUCCUGACUCUCCGCGGUCGUGUGGGAUAAAGCAGCGGGAGAUUUUCAGCGGAGUUAAACCCACGCGAGCUUCUAUCCACAGCCUGGCUGCUGAACCAGCGCUGACACCACCGCCUUUACAUAACUGAGCUGUGAGGACACUGAGCUGCAGCCACACACACACACACACACACAGGUGACGACACAGGAGUGCGGUCCCAAGCUUUUCCUCUCCUCUCCGCGGCAUGAUCACGGCGUGAGCGACGCCCAACAUGGACGAAGGCUGCAGGCAGGGCAGAGGGACCUUCACCGUGGAGGCCGAUGUCAUCCUCCACACCGUGAACCCUGACCUCGUGUCGCCUGCCGACAGCGAUGGGAGUUUAUGUCCGGGAUACGUUCAGGGAUACAAGGAUUUCAGUCCUGCUGCGGUGUUUGAGAAGGAGUACCUGUUGGAUGGAAGACUGACGGAGAACAAUCAUAUUGACCGUCAGAAAGGUAACGGUUCUGUGGAUCUCCGUCCUCACGCUGACUCCACCGUGUCCAAUCAUGUGUCCGGCACCCAAAACUGUGCGAGUAGUGAAAUCCAUAACGGCGCCAGAUCUAAAGCGCCUCACGGUGCAGAAGCUGAGUCGGUUUUGAAAUCGAACCGCGACGCCGCUGCUGAAAAUGCACAGGAUGGAAAGGACCCGGAUUUAGUCAUUGAAGUUGGGGGACAGACGAUCAGCGCUCACAAGUGUGUCCUGGCCGAGAAGAGCGACUACUUCAAGGCGCGGCUGUCGCGGGACAUCCUGAAGGUGAAGGGCGUGAACUACAAGACGCUGUCCACGCUGAUCGACUAUGUUUACACCUCGCACAUGAACGUAAGCAAGGACAACGUCGUGGACGUCAUCAUGGGAGCUAAGGUCCUUCAGAUCCCCUGUGCCGUCCAAGCGGCCAUGGACUCCAUGUCGGAACAGAUCACCGCGGAGAACUGCUUUGAGAUUCUGACCAUCGCCAAAAAGCAGCGACUCAGCGAACUGAAAGAGACGGCGUACGGCUUCAUGAGCGACAACUUCCUGCAGGUCCUCAAAGACCCUGCGGUGUACGGCCGUCUGAACGGCUCGGAGCGGGAUCUGAUCCUGAAGAAGAGAAUGGAGGGGAGGAAGACGCUGAUGGUCGUGGAGACCAACGAUGUGUUUGAUCGAGUUGGGAGCCGGCCGCCGAGUCGCUGUGGCAGUCGAGCGCAGAGCCCCUCGUCGGCAGGAUCUUUAGAGGAGAACCACAUGAUUUACCACUUUAAUGAAGCCGCAAAUGACUGGAGACCUUUGACGUCCAUGCCUGAGGACAUUACUGCUAAAGGCUGUGGCAUCUGCACCAUGUAUAACUACCUUUUUGUGGCGGGGGGAAUCAAGGGCUACGGGGACAAAGGCAAAGUCUCAGACCAGGUCUUCUGUUACAACCCUAUAACCAACCGCUGGGCCGAGGUCAGACCUCUGAACCAGGCUCGUGCACAGCUCAAGCUCGUGUCCAUGGAUGGCUGCUUGUACGCCAUUGGGGGGGAAUGUUUGUUUACGGUGGAGAAAUAUGACCCGCGCAUGGACCGCUGGACCGCCGUGGCCCCCUUGCCCAAAGGGGCCUUCGCCGUGGCCCACGAGGCCACCACCUGCAGCGGCGAGCUCUACGUGUCAGGGGGCUCCCUCUUCUAUCGCCUGCUGAAGUACGACACCAAGAGGGACGAGUGGCAGGAGUGUCCCUACAACAACAGCAGGCGGAAGUCCAGUGACAUGGUGGCGUUCAAGAGCUUCAUCUACCGCUUCGACGUCAACCGCGACCAGGGCAUCAACGUGUACAAGUACAACACCAUCGUGAAAAUGUGGCACGACUGCGCGUCGCAGCGGCUCGGGAGUCACCUGCCGUUCAGGUGCGCAGUCAUCGGAAACUGCAUCUACUGCGUGAACAAGUCCCAGACUCUUCAGUUUGUGGUGGAGGAGGAGAACGCCUACUUUGUCGAAGAGACACUGAGGGCACCUCUGGAGGCGAAGGGCCUCCUCUUCCCCUUUGUCCUCACUUUGCCGGAAAAGCCCGAAAAAGUGACAUAGUGUGCGUGCGUGUGUUUGCGUGUAACACAGCGUGAAUCUAGAAUUGUUAGAAGACCUUAUAUACACUAUUCAGUGUCGGCUUUCCCCUCUCCAUGUGUCAUUUGCCUGCUUGCAGUGGAAUGUGUGUAUCUGCAUGGCAAUUUUACAGGUUUACGCCUUAAAGGAAAAACUUUUGUGUGUGUGUGUGUUGAAUGGAAGCAACUUUAUUAGAACCUGACUGCAGAGACGAUGACAGUAGAUUAUCUUGUGCAUUUCUCGUGUUCACUUUAGUUUGGUGCAAUUUACUGGUGCAAAUGAACGUGAUUUAUAACAUAUUUGAACGAGCUUACCGUCCAGUUUGGUGACAGGAACAAGAGUCUUGUUGAAAGUCAGGUGGAGGCCGUUGCAGUGUGCUUUAUGAAUGAUGUGACACAGGUUCUAUGCAAAAGAAACUGAAUCUAUGAGAGAGUUUGCUGCUAUGCUGUGCUAUUUAAAGGCCCAGUAUGCAAUAUUUGAGUCCCACUAGAGAUCGUAGUUGAGCACAAAUGUCAGACCACGUUCUAUCUAUAUAUCUGUCAUCUCUCCUUGUUUAAAAUCAUGUUUUAGCCAAAGAAUAAGCUCGCUUUUUUGGGGGGGGUAAAAUCCAGAGAGUCACCUUCAGAUGAAAGCUUUGAACUACUUCACUAACACGACACUGCAACAUGCGAGGCUCGUUCGAGGUCACAUUCGAGUAAAACUCAUUAACCUAUUUUCAAAUACAGGGUGUCCAUAAAGUCUCUUUAGAAUUUAAAAAAAAUGUAAAAUACAAUAGAAUAAAUCUGGUUAAGAUAUCUUAUCAACUGCCUGCCUUGUAAUACAUUUUUAAAAUUGUAAAGAGACUUUAUGGACGCCCUGUACAUCUGCUGGACGCCGAAUGCUGAAUGUUGCAUACUGGUCCUUUAAAAGUAAAUAUGAGUGGAUUUGACUGGAUGGAUUACAAUGUCACAGUGACACGAUUCCUCAUACACUGAUUGGAUUCAUUCUUGUGAACGAUUGUUGCAUUGCGAUCAGUUUUCUGCUGUAUCCGUCCUCUAAACUGCACAAAUAAUGUACCUCCAAGCAUUUAUGGAGAAACACAAAUCAGAAACGUGAACGCAGGCGCAGAAAACGACGACUAAAAAAAAACUGACUGGUAUUUGUUUACACAAAGAAGUCGGCUUAUGAAAGUGGAAGACAAAUGACCAUGGGAAGGAUUCUAAACCACAUCGGGCCGAUGGACCACUGAGGAUCAGACGGACAAUCCGACAAAGGUGACGUCACUGACCACAAAGACGGAAAAGACGUGAUGCUGUGUGGACUGACGAGACUCAAAAGGGCUGCCCUGACAUAGUGCCUAUCCUCAUGGAAAAAUAAGUUCCUUGCACAUUUGCCAAAGAUGAAUAAAUAUUCUGAGGCGAUGAGAAACCUUUUGCAAACUUGCAUCUAGCGUUAGUCCUCUCGACACAUGCGUUGAUUUUUAUUUGCUGCUAACGGGCACUUUAUGGAAGGUUUAGGACACCUCUUUCUGUCAUUUUAGACAAACCGCAGCAGAACCCUGUUCACCUGAAGAUCAGAUCCGACCACUGUGCUGUGUUUCCUGGUCUUAAGACACUAAUUAACGAUAUUUCACUUUCAGUAGUGUCCCUAAAUGCCACUCUUUGCUUUGUUUGCAGUUGCAUUAAUAUAGUCGGGGGAGUUUUGAACAAAUACUUUUAAUAAUAUUUGCAGAAGUGUAUCGGUGUAGUCAGUGGGGCUCAGACAAAAUGGAUGUGGUUUUGAUAUUUUUGGCUGGCUGGCUGGCUGGCAUCUGUACUUUUGUGACUUUUUUGUAAGGAUUUGGUCAUUUUGGAUCUGCUGCUGCUGCUGUGAUGGACAGUAAAGUGAUGUAAUGUCAAUGGGGCUUCCUGUCUGUUCAUGGCACAUGGAGUGAGCUAAUAAAAUAUGCUGUUGGAUAAUGUGUAUCAGUCGGGAUUAAGUGUUUCAAAAUAAAAUAUGUUGUGGCUGGAAAAAAAAAA